GCUGUUGAUUUGUUGAGUUGUGUUGUGUUCUCAACCACAAGUGAAAUGGAAAGAAAGUGUGAAAGGAAGUGUUUUUCUGCUGUAUCACUCUGAUGUUAUCGCUCUUCUUCUAAACCUGAACUUCACAUUGAGAAAUCGUAAGAGGGCGAAAACCACUGAGGUUCAAACAGCAUGUGCUCCACAUCGACUAUGACAAGAUGAACUGCAAGAGAUCGGUGUGCGUCUUGAUCUGUGUCUUCUGCUUCUGCUACGUAUGCUGUUGAUUUGUUGAGUUGUGUUGUGUUCUCAACCACAAGUGAAAUGGAAAGAAAGUGUGAAAGGAAGUGUUUUUCUGCUGUAUCACUCUGAUGUUAUCGCUCUUCUUCCAAACCUGAACUUCACAUUGAGAAAUCGUAAGAGGGCGAAAACCACGCAGGUUCAAAGAGCAUGUGCUCCACAUCGACUAUGACAAGAUGAACUGCAAGAGAUCGGUGUGCGUCUUGAUCUGUGUCUUCUGCUUCUGCUGUGUUUUGGGAAACGUAAAGCGCACUUUCAGGAUUCAAGAGCUGACGGUGACUGAGAAAAAGCUGAAUGACUGUAAGAAUCAGAAGAAGCUGUGUGUGACGUCCAGCUCUGACUGUCACUAUAUGGCUUUAGAUGGAGCUCCUCGAGUUCCCAGAACCCCUGAGAACUUCCUGAACACAUCGUGUCACUAUCGGAUCCAUGAGCAAUCGUUCACCUGCAGAUGGAUUCAGACAAAAGACGUCAGAUCGGAAACCAUCAGCAGCUUCAUUUUUAGCCGAGUCCAGGACUUCAUCUACUGUCCUGCCAUUUUAAACAUGCAUUCAACUUUCAAUUUAACCAUCAAAUCAAAGAGCGUCAUCAGCCAGAAAGAGCAGUUCUCUGACAUCUAUCCACUAAACAUUACAGAUAUAACUCAGGCUCCUCGGCCGCUGAUCACAUCUGUUAACGCCACCGACUCCUCAAUCAGCGUCACAUGGACCAGCGCAACAACACCAAUUACUAAAUGCAAAAUACGUUACAAGCGUCUCAACACAGAGUCGUGGACAGAGACAGCAGAUUUCGUGUCUUCAGUUGAGUCUCAGUUCGUGAUUGAGGGUUUACAGUCCUUCAGUGUGUUUGAUCUGAGCGUCUCCUGCUUCCACGGAUUCGGCCGAUGGAGCGACUGGAGCGAGGAGACUCGAGUGAAGACGACAGAGAGCUUGCCGUCUGCUGCUCUCUCUCUCAGUUAUUAUGUGGAUUCAGAUGAAAACUCUGGGAUUCGGCGGCUGGUGCUUCUCUGGAAGGCUCUGGACGUCACAGACGCUCGAGGACUCAUUCGAGGAUAUGAAGUGUCCUAUAAGCCCAUCACACAGCCCUCUCUGAAGAAAACCAGACACACCUCUCAUCUCAAGGCCGUUGUUCUGGUGCGGUCAGAGGAGUAUGAGGUCUCAGUUUGUGCCUAUAACAGCGCUGGACGCUCGCCGGACCGCAGGCUCACUGUCGACGCAUCUCGUACUCACGAUGUGCCGGCGGUGAGGAGUCUCUGGGUUUAUUCUGACGGUUCUUCACUGUGGAUCCGCUGGGAAUAUGAGUUUACCGCGGUAAACAUCAGUGAGUUCGCUAUUGAAUGGAGCUCUGCGACCGACGGCGAGCACAGACGCUGGGAAAGAGUCGACGGAUCCACCUUCACAGUCCGUCUGCCAGGCAUUGAAGCGCAGCAGACGUACAACAUCAGCGUGUUCCCCAUCUGUGGGUCUCUCGCCGGGCCACCGAACAACAUCUCUGCGGAUCUACAGCACGGCGCUCUGUUGGAUCCGGUAGGGUUUGGUCUGCUGAAUGUCUCGAGCUCGUCUGUAGCGCUGCGGUGGAGCUGGAAGGAGGCGAAGCCCGGCGUCUGUGUGCUUCAGUACAGACUGGUGUUAACCGGACCGGACGAGAUUCAGACUCUCGCAGUCUUUCCUGACAAACAGCAGCAUUCGUUCCUCCACCUCCAUCCAAACACCAAAUACUCAGUCCACAUACACGGAGAAACUAGAGACGGGAACUUCACAAAGGCCAGUCUGGACAUCACCACACUUCUGCUGGAUUAUGAGGAGAUGAUGAGGUUUGCUGUUCCAGCGGUUCUCCUGCUGCUCAUCUUUGGGAUUUUCUCGGUUUUAUCAAGGACCGUAUGCAGGGAAUAUUUAUUUCCCAUCAUCGCCAAUCCGAGGUACAGUCUGAUUGGACGCUGGCUUCUCAAUCCGCAUCUUCAGGGCAGUGAUAAGAUCUGCGUGCUGAAGCUGGACGGUUUAUUCCUGAUGGACCAGCAGAUGGAGAAGAGUGUGUUUGUGGUUUCUGAUCAUGAGGACGAGGUUCCGCUGAAGACCUCUGAGGCGGCUGAAGGUACAGCUUUGUGGAAACCUUGUUCAGAUGAUGAGGAAAGCGCUCUGACUCCCUCCAGUCUGCCCGAGUAUGUAGACCUGCCCUUCUUACCCGAUAGCUCAGGUUAUGUUCAGACUGGACAGAUUCCUGGAGAGAGAAACUCAGACUGAAACCUGCACUGCUCUCAGAAUGACUCGACUGCGGUUUCUCAUCUAUAAGAGUCUCACAGGACUUUCACUCAUUUCAUGUUUGCUUUUGCUGCACUUCUGUGUACUUCAUACAGUAUUUGAUGAUGAAGGAUCAUAUCAUGCGCUUCUCAACCAGAGGCCUUCAAGAUAACUUCAAACUGUCGAACUCUCAUGAUGCAACAGAUAUAUAAAGAUUUCAAAACAAAAACAAAAAUAUAAUUUUUAGUAAGGGAAUGAAACUUUGCAAAUGCUUAAAAACCUUCACAAUGUGCAUAAUUUAUUUCAGAUUUUUAACCAUAAAUCUAUUACAUCAUAGAUACAAUGUAUUUUGUGUUCGGGUCAUUUUUGACCCGGUUAUGUAUGGAGUCCCAUUAUCUGUCAAAAAUACUUUCUGCAAAAUGAUCUAUGAAGUUAUUUUAGUGUCAGAAAACUUUUGUAAAAUAGUUCAACUUUUCCUAAUAUCUCUCACACUUUUAGACUGAAUUUACUUGAUGAAAAUGAAUAUUUACGUCUAUUGAUGAAUCACUGCAGCUGGAAAAUAUGUCCACUUUUUCAUCUAAAAGUAAAGGUUUAUGCAGUGUUUUUUUUUUGUGACCUUUCAGUCAUAUUUGUGUCGUUUUGACAUAUAUAAAUGUGGAAGUUUUGUAAAUUUUUACUGUUUUUGAACAAUCGUUAAAAGUUCAAAGGAGUGUAAUUACAUUUUGAGCAACACUGAUCAUUUUCAGAUUAUACUCUAUAUUCUUGUGAAUUACAUACAGUGAUAUAUUGAAA